UCGUCGAUAUUGGGAGUCGUCGUCUGAGGUGGACCAAGAUACUUUUUUUUUUCGGGAUUGUGCAGCGGUCUGUGCAUGGAACAGUUCCGUCUUCUCUUUGGUGUUGGUGAAAUGGAGAUGGAGACUACCUCUCAAGGGAUGGUAGAGGUCGUUCCAGGCCCAGACGGGAAAGUGCACUCCCACUCCCACUCCCAGUCCCAGUCCCACUCUCACUCCCAUACCCAUGAUGGAUUGGCUCCUCAUAGUCACUCCCAUGAUGGGCUGGUUCCACAUACUCAUGCGAAUGAGUGGACGGGUGCUGAUGGUAAAAUAUAUCACUCCCACGAUGGAUUGGCUCCGCAUACUCACGAGCCGAUAGAGUCGCCGGGUAUGUUCUCUGCACGAGCCCCUCCGCUGUCGGGGAGGGAUUUCCAGGACCGUGCAUUUACGGUGGGAAUCGGCGGGCCUGUAGGAACUGGGAAGACGGCACUGAUGCUGGAGCUUUGCAAGGAGUUCCGUGAAAAGUACAGCAUCGCUGCGGUUACAAAUGACAUCUUCACUCGAGAGGAUGGUGAAUUCCUCGUUCGCCAUCAGGCUCUUCCCGCGGAGCGGAUUAAGGCCAUCGAGACUGGGGGAUGCCCCCAUGCUGCCAUUCGCGAGGAUAUCAGCAUCAACCUUGGGCCUCUGGAGGAUCUGACCAGCCAGUUCCGCGCGGAGCUUCUUUUGUGCGAAUCGGGUGGCGACAAUCUCGCAGCAAACUUCAGCCGGGAGCUCGCGGACUACAUAAUCUACAUAAUCGACGUGGCGGCAGGCGACAAGAUUCCACGCAAAGGUGGUCCCGGCAUCACGCAAGCGGACCUGCUGGUCAUCAACAAGACGGAUCUCGCAGGAGCUGUCGGAGCCGACUUGAAGCUGAUGGAGAGAGAUGCGCUUCGGAUGAGAGACGGGGGACCAUUCGUCUUUGCGCAGGUUAAGCAUGGGGUGGGUGUGAAGGAGGUUGCGGAACAUAUACUUCAGGCCUGGGAACGAGCCACAGGAAAGGCCCGCAAAUAGAAAUUUGCCAAGGAAAGUGAGAGCGAGACUAUAGAGAAGACUAUAGAGAAGACUAAAGAAAGUUCACUAGAAACUUCGUUACCUUUCUUCUGUGCUAAUCCUGAGUGGAAAGGUCUAUAAUGGGUGCACCAGUCGUGGGCAUCCACCAGUUAAAUGACUAUUCCUUCCCCCCGCGCCCCGCAACUUCGUUUUAGCAGACACGACAUCACAUUACAUCACAUCCCAUCCCAUCCCAUCCAUUCUCGUUAUCCCAGUUUGUUGUGCUGAAGGAUAAAGUCUGUUGUUGCCUCUCGGUGGAUCACAAUGUUAUGAGAUCACCCUGUAAUGUAAGGUAAGCUGACAAAUAGUCGACAGAUGGAAAUCCAUUUACAUAUUAGCAGAUAAGCGCCAGUUGCUGGUUGAUGGUUGAUGGUUGAUUACCAACUUUGAAUCAAUGGCCAUUAAUAUA